CAUGAAUAAACGACACCAAGCGUACGAUUGGGUUGUACUGCGAAACUGAUUCAGGGUCAGACAUCAGAUAUAUAAGACUCUUGUAGCGUCGAUUCCCGCUAGCAUUUAAUCUUGAUCUAGCAAAGUGCUGACAUGUGGUCACAUUUCUAGCAGCGAUGGCUCGGCGGCCUGUGUAACAAGGGUGACAACACUCGCGCGCGUCUCCACCAAUGAGGCAUUAGUUUGUAUCUCUGAGAAGGAUUCAGUUGGUAGGUUCAAUUCGCUCGUCAUCGGUAAGUUCUCAUUUUUGCUCCAAAAGGAUUCUCUCCGGUAAUAGAAAAAACCUAAGGCUACUAAUUCUAAUUCGAUAGUCAUUGGAACCCCUGAACACUUUUAUACGAGCCUCUAGCCUUUGCGAGUGCGCGAGGGAAGCCCCCUUGCGUUGGCGGUCAAUAAAUCCACUGCGGGUUUUAUUUUCAUACGCGUGCUCGAUGAUCUAGAAAGAAAAACAAAGAGGAUCUGUAGACAGGCCAGUCGCACCUUUGCACUGCAUAAUUCUUCACAUCCUACUCAGCUUUAUUUAAUAAUUACUAAAUAAUGCACACCCACUUUUAUACUGCAUUUAUAUUUAUAGGAGGAAAACCUUACGACGGAAUGAGCGGGGAAGAGGUCUAUAGCUUUGUCGCGAGUGGUCUACGGAUGCGAAGAAAAUCAGCUUUUACUUCAGAACUGUGAGUAUUUCUAGCAACAGGGUGAUAUAUUCGAAGAACUCCUGGCCGGACAUAUGCUAAAUAUUUAUAUUGCUCCUUAAAAACAGCCUCUUGAGAUACCAUAUCCCGAUAUAUCUUGUAUGAGGAGAAGGCUUCGUGAAUCUGUCGCAGUGGUUUCUACAUCCUAUCCCUAAAUUCUAUAUGCUUUACUGAUUGUGCUCUCUAAAUUGACCUAAUUUGUCUCUCGAUUUAUGGUGCUAGCAAGGCUUGCGCUGAUCUUGUAAUCAUUGAAUGCUUACUUCAGAGAUGUCACAAAAGAUGCUGUAGUCAUAGCACCCAAAAAAAGAACGCAUAUAGCCUAUACAUGGCAUACCUCUCUAGGAGAGUACAGAUCACAUAUACUGAAUGGUUGGGAGUUUAUAAGAGUUUGCUGCUAUAUGAUAUUACAGUUUUCCCGGCUUUUCUUAUAGCCGGAGUUACCAACUUCCUCUGUCCUUUCCAGUUAUAAACUAAUGGCUAGGAAUUAAGUUAAUUUGUCCGACGGGAUUGUUAGUUGCAAGGGCCAGUUCGUUCACUUAAUAAAGAAACACGUACUGGAUUUGCUUUUUAAACUUACUUUUCUUGUUCUUUUAUUUUCCUUUUUUUUUGGUUAUAGCUAUAAGCUUAUGUUACAAUGCUGGCACGAGGAAGCAUCUGAGCGACCGAAGUUUGGUUCAAUUGCUUCUUGGAUGGAAAAUCCUUCUUCCCACUAGAGACAUCAUGAAUGGCAUUCUUAUGUACUCCUUAACCCACGGAAAACAUGUCUUUCAAUUCAACAAAUUGAGAAAUUAAAGCGUAAAGAUACAAGCCUGAUAAAACUGGUGACAUCAUUUCGCGACUUCAACUGGGUUUUCUCCGCGAAAUGUCGUCGAAGGUUCGAGGGCAAAAAUUCCAUACUGAUGACGC